CUUCCCUUGCCGAGGAAGUCCGCUCUACGCAGAGCAGCACCACUCCGGAACUAUGGUUGGUUAAAGCGGUACCAAACCUCUGUAACAGGGCAAUGUAGAUCCCCCGCUAAUAUCCCAUGGAGUCUUAGCAUCCCUUAGGAUGGAGCCAUGGUGACCAAAGUGGCACCAAACCCCGCUAAGAGUGCAAUGUAGAUGCUCUGCUAAUAUCUCAUGGAGUUUUAGUGUCCCUUAGGAUGGAGUUAUGCUUGGUUAAAGUGCAACUAGAGGCUCUGUUUACCUCAUGGAGUCUUGGGAUAGCUUAGGAUGGAAUUGUGGUGGGUUAAAGUGGUACCAAACCUCUAUAAAGGUACUGGUUGACUUCUGGAGUCUCGGGAUAGCUUAGGAUGGAGCCAUGGUGACCAAAGUGGCACCAAACCUCUAUAAGAGUUCAAUGUAGAUGCUUGCUAAUAUCUCAUGGAGUCUUAUGGUCACUUAGGAUGGAGUUAUGGUUAGUUAAAGUGGUACCAAACCUCUAUAAGAGUUCAAUGUAGAUGCUUGCUAAUAUCUCAUGGAGUCUUAUGGUCACUUAGGAUGGAGUUAUGGUUAGUUAAAGUGGUACCAAACCUCUAUAAGAGUUCAAUGUAGAUGCUUGCUAAUAUCUCAUGGAGUCUUAUGGUCACUUAGGAUGGAGUUAUGGUUAGUUAAAGUGGUACCAAACCUCUAUAAGAGUUCCAUGUAGAUGCUUGCUAAUAUCUCAUGGAGUCUUAUGGUCCCUUAGGAUGGAGUUAUGGUUAGUUAAAGUGGUACCAAACCUCUAUAAGAUACUCCAAUAAUAUCUCAGGGAGCUUCAGGAUCCAUUUGCAUUGAGCCAGUGCAAUGUAGAUGCUCCUCUAAUGUCUCAUGGAGCCUUAUGGUCCCUUAGGAUGGAGUUGUGGUUGGUUAAGGUGGUACCAAACCUCUAUAAAGGUACUGGUUGACUUGUGAAAUCUUGGGAUAGCUUAGGAUGGAGCCAUGGUGACCAAGGUGGUACCAAACCUCUAUAAGAGUGCAAUGUAGAUGUUCCGCUAAUAUCCCAUGGAGCCUUAGGGUCCCUUAGGAUGGAGCUAUGGUUGGUUAAAGUGGUACCAAACCUAUAAGAUGCUCCACUAAGAUCUCAUGGAGCCUCAGGAUCCCUUAGGAUGGAACCAUGGUGACCAAAGUGGUACCAAACCCCGCUAAGAGUGCACUGUAGAUGCUCUGCUAAUAUCUCAUGGAGUUUUAGUGUCCCUUAGGAUGGAGUUAUGGUUGGUUAAAGUGGUACCAAACCUCUGUAGAGGCUCUGUUUACCUCAUGGAGUCCUGGGAUAGCUUAGGAUGUAAUUAUGGUUGGUUAAAAUGGUACCAAACCUCUAUAAGAUGCUCCACUAUGAUCUCAUGGAGCUUCAGGAUCCAUUGGAUGGAGCCAGUGCAAUGUAGAUUCUCCACUAAUAUCUCAUGGAGUCUUAUGGUCCCUUAGGAUGGAGUUACGGUUGGUUUAAGUGGUACCAGACCUCUAUAAGAUACUCCAAUAAUAUCUCAUGGACUCUCAGGAUCCCUUAGGAUGGAGCCAUGGUGACUAAAGAGGUAUCAAACUUCUAUAAGAUGCUCCACUAAGAUCUCAUGGAGUCUUAUGGUCCCUUAGGUUGGAGUUAUGGUGAUUCAAGUGGUACCAGACCUCUAUAAGAGUGCAAUGUUGAUGCUCCGCUAAUAUCCCAUGGAGGCUUAGGGUCCCUUAGGAUGGAGUUAUGGUUGGUUAAAGUGGUACCAGACCUCUAUAAGAUGCUCCACUAAGAUCUCAUGGAGCUUCAGGAUCCAUUGGCUGGAGCCAGUGCAAUGUAGAUGCUCCGCUAAUAUCUCAUGGAGUCUUAUGGUCCCUUAGGAUGGAGUUACGGUUGGUUUAAGUGGUACCAGACCUCUAUAAGAUGCUCCACUAAGAUCUCAUGGAGCUUCAGGAUCCAUUGGAUGGAGCCAGUGCAAUGUAGAUGCUCCACUAAUAUCUCAUGGAGUCUUAUGGUCCCUUAGGAUGGAGUUACGGUUGGUUUAAGUGGUACCAGACCUCUAUAAGAUGCUCCACUAAGAUCUCAUGGAGCUUCAGGAUCCAUUUGGAUGGAGCCAGUGCAAUGUAGAUGCUCCGCUAAUAUCUCAUGGAGCCUUAGGGUCCCUUAGGAUGGAGUAAUGGUGAUUCAAGUGGUACCAAACUUCUAUAAGAUGCAGAGAAGGUGCUUUGCUAAUAUAUGAAAUCUUAGGGUCCCUUAGAAUGGAGUUAUGGUUGGUUAAGGUGGUACCAAACCUCUAUAAGAGUGCCAUGUAGAUGCCCUGGGGUCUUGUGCUGCCUUAGGAAUGGAGUUAGGUGUCUAAUGUGGUCCCAUCCUGCUCUAAGCUGGCUCCCUUCGCCCGGCAGCUUGCUUUCUCCUCCCCUCCAUCCCUCCUCCUCCUCUCUCUCUCUCUCUCUCUCGUUCUUUCUUUCUUUCCCUCCCUCCUUCCCUCCCUCCGCCUUGUGUCGUGCCUGGGCGGAGGCUGGAAGCGCCGCCUCGCCUCUCUAGUCAGGCUCAUUCCUUGCCAGACAACUGGACGAAGAAGAGGAGGAGGAGGGACCUUGGGCAUCUCCUUCUUCUUCUCCUUCUGGGCUUGUUCCUCAGGCGGCAUGGACGGAGAGGCGGCCGAGGGGGGUCUUCUGCCCUGGGGAGCCCCCAGCUUGGUGGAGAUCCGGGUGGCUGAAGCUCCUGAGAAGAGAGGAGAUGGGGAGCAGGAGGAGGAAGAGGAGGAGGAGGAAGAGCACCGCCUGUGCCCAACCCCACUGGGCAGCGGCAGCUGCAGCGAAGACGAUUCCAGCCGAAGAGGGGACGAGGGCAAGUCCAGCGGAGGUGAGAACGAUGGGGACGAGUUUGGGCACGAAUGGAGGCCUCCAGAACCAGAACUGAUCUUGAAACUGGUGGCCCAGAUUGAGUAUUACUUCUCCGACGAGAACCUAGAGAAGGACGCCUUCCUCCUGAAACACGUCCGGAGAAAUAAGAUGGGAUAUGUCAGCGUGAAGCUGCUGACUUCCUUCAAAAAGGUGAAACACUUGACCCGGGACUGGAGAACCACGUCUCAUGCCCUGAAAUAUUCUGAGAUUCUGGAGCUGAACGAAGACAGCCGAAAGGUCCGUCGCAACACCCCGGUCCCGGUCUUCCCGAGCGAAAACCUCCCGAGCAAGAUGUUGCUGGUCUACGACAUCCGCUUGGCGCCCAGUCUGCGCUCUCCGGAGGACGGGCCGGAAAACGGGCGCCUGCAGGAGAAGGUCAUGGAGCACCUCCUCAAGGCCUUUGUCGAGUUCGGCGUCAUCGCGUCCGUCCGGAUCCUCAAGCCCGGCAAGGACCUCCCUCCGGACGUCAAGCGGUUCAGCGGGCGCUACAGCCAGGUGGGGAGCCAGGAGUGCGCCAUCGUGGAGUUCGAAGAGGUGGAGGCCGCCGUCCGAGCCCACGAGUCCAUGUGCGUUGUGGACGACGACGACGACGACGCGGCCAUGAAGGUCCUCCUCAUCGGGAUGAAGCCCCCCAAGAAGAAGGUCCCCAAAGACCGGGCCCUUCACAAAACCCGCUCGAUGAACAAGCGAGUGGAGGAACUCCAGUUCGUCGGCGGAGACGAGUCUUCGGCCAACAGCUCCUCCGAGACGGAGAGCAACCCGACCUCUCCGAUGUCCGGGCGGAGGUGGAACGCUCCCAACAAACUCAGCCCGGUGGCCUAUCCGAACCACCACCUCAGCCCCAAUAUGUCCCCGAGGUCGAGCCCCCGAAGCAGUCCGUGCUCCCUCCGGAAGGGGUCCCGGAUGUCUCCACUGAGCGUCAGCCCAAGUCCUGAGAUGGUCAGGAAGAGCGCCGACUAUUCCUCGGACAGCAGCCUCACUCCGUCCAGCAGCCCGUGGGUCCAGCGGCGCCGGCAAGCGCAGACUCUGACGCAGGAGAAGAGCCCCGUCGGGAGCCCCGCGCACAGCCCCAAAAGCCAGAACGUGGUGGGGUUGCCCGUCGGGGUGUUGCGCUUGCCCAAGGGUCCCGACGGCACCAAAGGAUUCCACGGCGAAAGGAUCCAUCAGCCCACCAAGGAGGAAUGAGCCUUGUUUCGGGAGAUUCCCACACGACGCUGACAAAGCAUUGCUAUCCCGCUUUGUAAUGGGAUUUGUAGUUAAUGAGACCCAAGACCAGGAACUGUGUAUUCAUACUAGUCAUACUGGUAUCCAGAUUUUCUUCAUUUUCAUGAUUUCCUCCUUUCUGUUGGAAUUCCCCACAUGCUUGUGGAUUUCAAUGGCUUCUCUGUGUCGCCUGACAUGGUGGUUGUGAGCGUGGUCCAGCCCUUCUGUGUUCUCCAAUAAUAUUUUGUGUCCAGGUUGGGCCAUCAAGUGCUCUGCUGUGGCCGACUUCUCUGGUUGAGUUAAUCGGCAAUGCCUUUCACAUCCCUUGAUUUGUGUUUGUGCUCUAAAAUCAGGACAUUAAAUAAAGAACAACACUCAGAAAACAGGGGAAUUCCAGGCAUGAAACAAUCAGGGCCAGCUAACACCUCCCAACAAAGGAUUCCCCCAGGCAGAAGGCAGCAGGCUUCGAAGCUGCAAGGUUGUUCAAUGCUAAUCAAGAUGAUUAAUUGCAACAUCCAUACAUACAAGUUCUUUCUCCCACCCUGGACAUUAUUCCACAGAUAUAUAAACCCCACUUGCCUAGUUUCCAACAGACCCCACAACUUCUGAGGAUACCUGCCAUAGAUGUGGGUGAAACAUCAGGAGAAAAUGCUUCUCGAACAUGGCCAGACAGCCCGGAAAACUCACAGCAACCCAUGUUGAUAUAUGAGUGAAAUCCAUGAAUACUUAAAUCCGCAAAAGUCAAAAUCAUAAAUGUGGAGAGUCCACUGUAUUUCCAUUUUUUGAAAAGCCUUUGUACUUAUGUGGCUUUGUAUGUUAAUGUAUCUGUUGUCUUUACACGUUGUAUUGUUGUUUUUUUAAAAACCUCAUGACAUUUUAUUUUUUAAUGCCAAGGAUAACCAAUCCAACAUUUAUUGACUUUGUUUGCCGAGCUCUUUUCGAUGUACAUACGAGGUGCAAAUAUAUGUAGUAGGUGCAAUUGUUCGCUAAAUAUUAUUUCGGGUCUCUCUCUUUUUUUUUUCAGGGUGCAGGGAUAUAGUUUGGAAACAGACAUGAGUUUCCGGAAUAAAUAUUUUUUUGAUAUCUAUGUUGGAAAGGCAUUUCCCAGCCUGUAAUAGGACUGAAAAGUGUAUUUUUGCUGGUAUGAAUAAAUAACAUAAACAUGUCAAAA